CAUUCUAACCGCGCAUGUGCGGCUCCCGGAGCGUGCAGCACGGCGAUCGGCAGUGCGCUGUCACCGAUCCAUGGAAAGAGCCAAAGAUGUCGGCUCGGUCAUGUGAUCAGCUGUGUCCAAUCACAGCUGAUCACCUGGGACAUGUACACAGAUCAUCAGGGCACUGAUGAUCAGUGUGCCCUGAUGAUCUGUGUAGCCCCAGCAGUGCCACCUGUCAGUGUCCAUCAGUGCCAGCUCUCAGUGCUCAUCCAUGCCACCUGCCAGUGCCCAUCAGUGCCACAUUUCAGUUCCCAUCAGUGCCACAUCAAUGCCACAUAUCAGUGCCCAUCAGAGCUGCCUUUCAGUGUCACCCAUCCGUGCCAGUCAGUGCCACCUAUCAAUGCUAGUGAGUGCCACCUAUCAGUGCUGCCAAUCAGU